GCGGGGUGGGCCUGUUGUCAUGGGGGAGGUGGUGGCGCUUGGUGGCUACUGGCGGCCGAGGUAGAGGCAGUGGCGCUGGAGUUGGUCGGGGGCAGCGGCAGAUUUGGGGUUUAAGCAGCUUCUUCCAGGGAAGAGGGCCAGUGUGGCUGCUCUUGCAACCCAUCUUGAUCCACGUCCAUAGAUUGGAACAUUGGUAGACCAGCCAUCCUCAGACACCUCACUUAGGACAGAUGAGGAAACUGAGGCUUGGUGAAGUUAUGAAACUUGUUCAAAGUCACACAGCUUGUAAAGGGCACAGCCAAGAUUCAGAGCCAGAUUAUAAAAAUUAAAAUGAACAAACUACGGCAAAGUUUUAGGAGAAAGAAAGAUGUUUAUGUUCCAGAGGCCAGCCGUCCACAUCAGUGGCAGACAGAUGAAGAAGGGGUUCGUACUGGGAAAUGUAGCUUCCCAGUUAAGUACCUUGGCCAUGUGGAAGUUGAUGAAUCAAGAGGAAUGCACAUCUGUGAAGAUGCUGUAAAAAGAUUGAAAGCUGAAAGGAAGUUCUUCAAAGGCUUCUUUGGAAAAACUGGAAAGAAAGCAGUUAAGGCAGUCCUGUGGGUAUCAGCAGAUGGACUCAGAGUUGUGGAUGAAAAAACUAAGGACCUCAUAGUAGACCAGACAAUAGAAAAGGUUUCUUUCUGUGCCCCAGAUAGGAACUUCGAUAGAGCCUUUUCUUACAUAUGUCGUGAUGGCACCACUCGGCGCUGGAUCUGUCAUUGUUUCAUGGCUGUCAAGGACACGGGUGAAAGAUUGAGCCACGCAGUCGGCUGUGCUUUUGCAGCCUGUUUAGAACGUAAGCAGAAGCGGGAGAAGGAAUGUGGAGUGACCGCUACUUUCGAUGCCAGUCGGACCACUUUUACAAGAGAAGGGUCAUUCCGUGUCACAACAGCCACCGAACAAGCAGAAAGAGAGGAGAUGAUGAAACAAAUCCAAGAUGCUAAGAAAGCUGAAACAGAUAAGACAGUUGUUGGUUCAUCAGUGGCCCCUGGCAGCACUGCCCCAUCCCCACCCUCUCCCACCUCUCCCACUUCGGAUACCACUGCCUCUGUGGAGAUGAACAAUCCUCAUGCCAUCCCACGCCGGCACGCGCCAAUUGAACAGCUUGCUCGCCAAGGCUCUUUCCGAGGAUUUCCUGCUCUUAGCCAGAAGAUGUCACCCUUUAAGCGCCAGCUGUCCCUGCGCAUCAAUGAGUUGCCUUCCACUAUGCAGAGGAAGACUGAUUUCCCCAUAAAAAAUGCAGUAUCACUUUGCCAAAAGGUUUAUGUGUCCAUUGCAAGAUGGCAUGGUUAUCCCAACACCACCUUUUCUGUCCUGUCUGCUCCACCACCGUUGCACAUUGGCCUGGCUGACCUGGCUCCGAGGGGCUGCCUGUACACCCUGCAUGAAUUAACUGCAUCGAUGUUGUCUGCUCCCAUUGUAGCUAAUGGCACUGACUCAGCCCUCCAUGUGCUUGCUGCUAAGCCAGCCCAUACUGCUCUAGCUCCCGUAGCAAUGCCUGUGCGUGAAACCAACCCUUGGGCCCAUGCCCCUGAUGCUGCUAACAAGGGAAUUGCAGCCAUGAGUUCGGGGACCGAGUGGGGUCAAUCUUCUGGUGCUGCCUCUCCAGGUCUCUUCCAGGCUGGUCACAGACGCACUCCCUCCGAGGCUGACCGCUGGUUAGAAGAGGUGUCCAAAAGCGUCCGGGCUCAACAGCCCCAGGCCUCGGCUGCCCUUCUGCAGCCAGUUCUCCAGCCUCCUCCGCCCACUGCCGGCUCCCAGCCAGCUCCGCCUUUCCAAGGGAACGCGUUCCUCACCUCUCAGCCGGUGCCUGUGGGUGUUGUCCCGCCCCUGCAGCCAGCCUUUGUCCCUGCCCAGUCCUAUCCUGUGGCCAAUGGGAUGCCCUACCCAGCCCCUAAUGUGCCUGUAGUGGGCAUCACCCCCUCCCAGAUGGUAGCCAAUGUGUUUGGCACUGCAGGCCACCCUCAGGCUGCCCACCCCCAUCAGUCUCCCAGCCUGGCCAAGCAGCAGACAUUCCCUCAGUAUGAGCCAAGCAGUGCUACUGCCAGUCCCUUCUUUAAGCCGCCUGCUCAGCACCUCAAUGGUUCUGCUUUCAAUGGUGUAGAUGAUGGCAGGUUGGCCCCAGGAGACAAGCACACAGAGGCCCCUGCAGGCACCUGCCUGGUGGAUCCUUUUGAAGCCCAGUGGGCUGCAUUAGAGAGCAAGUCCAAGCAGCGCACCAACCCCUCCCCCACCAACCCUUUCUCCAGUGACUUACAGAAGACGUUUGAAAUUGAACUUUAAGCGGUUCCCUUGCCUUAAAGUAUUUUGUCCAUACUUAGGCAAGGGCAGUGGGGUGGAGGUCAGAGGAGCAAAGGGGACUUUGUGUUCUCCAUCAGUACUUUUCACUAAUCCCAAAGGCCCCAGGGAGCAUGUCUAAGCACAGAAUGCUGUGAGGGGUGAUUUUGAAAAAAGUGGAGAAAACCAUUCCUAGAGAAGAGCUGUCUCAAAAUUAGGUUGAAGAAGUCGAGGAAAUGGUGCCCUCUGUCCCCCUCGUCCUCCCUCAGCCCUUUACGAAUCUCUGGCAACAGGGAGGGAGAAUUAUCUGAACAGGAGUCUGUAUUCAAAGCACAUUUACUGGAAUAUAAAAUAACGGGAAGCAAAACAAUCUCCCUUUGCUUUUCAGGCUGUUCGCCUGCUCUCAGGACUGGCCUGAAUUAGAGAUCAAGAAUCGGGUGGCGUGUGCCUAGGCUGGGAGCAGAGGCAGGCAGUCCCGCCAGACUGACAAGGAGGGCAUGGCAGCAGCUGCCCAGCAGAGCUAUAUUUUAGGGGCAAAGUUGAGCUUCCAUUUUGAGUAAGAAUAAAUAUUAUAAAUAUAUAUAUCAAAAAGCCAAAAUCUUUAUUUUUAUGCAUUUAGAAUAUUUUAAAUAGUUCUCAAUAUUAAAAAAAGGUGUAUGAGUUGUAAGUAAUCUUGCCAAAGGUAAAAGGGUUAGCUGUAAGAACUUGUACAUAAGAUUGAUUUAUCGUUGAUGCCCACUGAAGUCAGAAGAGGAAAGGCUGGAAGCUGCAGGCGGGAUCCCUAGCUUAUUUGGUAUCAUUCAUUGUAAGUAGCCCAUUGCAACAACAAUCAUGCUUAUGACCAAUACAGUCAUUAGGCUGUAGUUUUAAAUGAAAUGAAAGAGCAGUAUUGUCCUGGUUUUAAACCUAUGAUGAAAUUCUAAUCUCACUAUUUUAAUGGAAUCAAUCUAAAUGUACUCUAUAGAGAAUAUGCAUUUCUUUCACAUGUUGCUGCAGUUUCCUUAUGUUAAUCCUUUAACACUAAGGUGACAAUGACAUAAUCACAUCCAGAGACAGGAACGCAGGUUACUGUGUUGGUUUGUCAUAAGGGUCUUGGUGGGUUUUGUUUUGUCCUUUAAGUUUUGUUCCCGUGAACAUUGUGGGGAUGGAGAUUCGGUUUUAGUAGCUACGUGUGUGUCCAUCUGUCCCCCUCCCCUGUGGUGAGCAGAACAUCCCAUUGCCAGUUACAGCCACUUAACUUCUGGUAACAAUGUGAGAUUCCCAUCUCAUUUUUACUUUUGAACAUUGGCCUUACAAUCAAAUGUAAGUUAUAUAUAUUUGUACUGAUGAGAAUUUAUAUGCUUUAACAAAAAUAAAUGUUCGUGGUAGAA